GGCGGGCGCGGAGCGGGCGGCCGGCGGGCGCUAUUAAUAACGCGGCGGCCGAGCCGGGGUCGCGCAGCCAUGGCCAGCCCGGAGCCCCGGCGCGGCGGGGACGGCGCCGCCCAGGCCGCGAGGAAAACAAGACCAGAGGCCAAGUCUCCUCUUCAAGACGAGGAGAACUCUGAAUCCCUGGAUGAGGCGGGGACCUUGAACCCAGAGGUUACUCUAUCUUUGGAGGGGACUUUGAGUUUAGAGGACAUUCUGUACCUAGGGGACAUAGACGACUUUGAGACACUGUAUAUGGAAGCGACUGAGCAGCCUGAGGAGACACUGUAUAUCGAGGAGACCAGGCAGCCAGAAGAGGCACUGUACGUGGAAGAGCCUGUGAAGUGGGAGGAGACACUGGAUGUGGAGGACACUGUGAAGCCAGAUGAGAUACAGUUUGUAGAAGAGCCCGUGAAGCCAGAAAAGACCGUAAAUCCAGAGCAGAUUGUUUAUGGGGGAGAGAUGGUUACAAGCGAAGAGAAACCUAACCCUGAGGAGAGCCUGAGAGCCGGGCCUACUCCCAGCACAGAGGUGAGCCCGAGCAUGGAGGACCUGGAAUUGCUAGAGGGGCGUUUCCAGCAAUGUAUCCAAGCUGUGGCCCAGCUGGAAGAGGAGAGGGAUCAGCUCAUCCAUGAGCUUGUGUUGCUCCGGGAACCCGCCCUACAGGAGGUGCAACAAGUCCAUCAGGACAUCCUGGCUGCCUACAAACUGCAUGCCCAAGCGGAGCUGGAGAGGGAUGCGCUAAGAGAGGAGAUCCGGCUGGUUAAGCAGAAGCUGUUCAAGGUGAUGAAAGAAUGUGUGGCCUACCAAUACCAGCUGGAGAGCCGCCGGCAGGAUGUGGCCCACUUUGCCGAUUUCCGGGAAGUGCUGACUAAACGGGUAGCCCAACUCUCGGAGGAACUGGCCCAGCUCCGGGAUGCCUAUCAGAAGCAGAAGGAGCAGUUACGGCAGCAACUAGAAGCACCUCCAAGCCAGAGGGAUGGGCACUUCCUCCAGGAGAGCCGGCGGCUCUCUGCCCGGUUUGAGAACCUCAUGGCAGAGAGUCGCCAGGGCCUAGAGGAGGAGUAUGAGCCUCAGCUGCUGCGGCUCCUAGAGAGGAAAGAAGCUGCUGCCAAAGCUCUGCAGAAAACGCAGGCCGAGAUCCAGGAGAUGAAGGAGGCUCUGAGACCCCUACAAGCAGAGGCCCGGCAGCUCCACCUGCAAAACAAGAACCUGGAGGACCAGAUCACACUUGUGAGGCAAAAACGGGACGAGGAGGUGCAGCAGUACAGGGAACAGCUGGAGGAAAUGGAAGAACGACAGAGGCAGUUAAGAAGCGGAGUGCAACUGCAGCAACAGAAGAACAGAGAGAUGGAGCAGCUAAGAAUCAGCCUUGCAGAAGAGCUCUCAACUUACAGGGGCUGUUUAGAAAUGUAUGGCCGAAUCUGUAACCCAGAAACCACAAAAAAAAACUUCUUAGCCAAGGAUCACUAAGUACCCUUUGGACAUACUUUUUUCCAAACAGAGAAGGGAGUGCCAGGGACUUGGCAAGCAAUUCACCCUGGAAAGUUACAAAUGAUGGCUGACCUGUUUAAAAAGAUUCUAGGGCUGGCUGGACACAGAACACCAUCAGUCAACUCUUAGCUGGAUUCUAUUUUAUAGGCUGCUGGUACUGAUCUCAAUGCACCGAGGAACGGAAAAAUGAGCUUCCUGUCCUGCAGCAGCAACGCUCACAUGCAGAGUAAAAGAUGAUGUACACACACACCUUGCAGUGUUGUGAAGAAUGUAUCUUGCCUGUGUUGACCCAAACCAAAAAGUUUUUUGGAGCACAGGUAGGGUCAAAAAGGCAGCCUGUUUUCAUUGCAUGGGUUCACAAUUUGAAUUCUUUUGUGCCAUGAGUGUUAGACUUUAAAGGAAUCCUUUUACAAAGUUUACUUUUCUUUAAGUCUAUGCCGACUCACAUAGUUUACUCCUAAUUGUGUCAAGAUAAUUUUCACUAUACUCUAAAAGAACUACAGACUUGGAAAGAAACCAAUCCAGAUUUCAACAUAAAGGUUGAGGAUUUUCAGAUUUCCCCAAAGAUCUUACCUCAUGAAAAUGAUCUGGGGUCAGAGUGAUCUACUCAGUUAAAUUGAGUGAUUAGCAAAGAACCAGGCAUUUUACCUGGUUAUGGCUCUUGGUGAUAAAGGCUAUAAAGAACCUAUUAUUUCCAACCUCUAAGUGCAGGCCCCAGUGAAAAACAUACUGGGGAGAUUCAACCUCUCUAAGAGAAAAGGUUCAAACGCCUUUUCCAAAUUUAAAUUUUGCCUUAAAUUCUCUCUGCCACACUGCCUUUGAGAUUCUUCAAAGUCCAUGUAGUUCUCUGGGGACAGACUUCAAAAUGAUGUUACUUUAUCAAAGAUUAAUCUGUGCACCUCUGAUUCAGUGUUUUAUGUCUUUCACUUUCCCUGGGAAGGAGUAAAGCUCUUUUCUAUAGCUCUGGGUCUAUUAUAUUUAAUUCUGCUCUUGAUGGUCAAAGACCAUAGAAAAUAACUGUCAUCUGAACAACUCUUCUAGAAGCCAGAGACUGGCGUUUGAUGGAUGUUAUAUACUAAAUAAAACCCAUCAGCAUGGGGUUAUGUAGAAAAGCAAUUUAUUCCAUUAUAAGCACUUACACAGUUAGUCAUGGAGAGUAACAGGCCUGCUGGUGAAACAGGUCACCCAAAA